AUGGCCAGUCCUCAUGUUCUCUUGGUUGAGGAUUCUUGUGUUGACCGUCUCGUUGCAUCGAGGGUUUUAAAGUGCUUUAACAUUCGAGUGACUGCAGUGGAAGGUCCUAAGGAAGCCUUGAAGUUCUUGGAUACGGAACAUGAUGUGCAGUUGAUUCUCACAGAUUACUGUAUGCCUGAUAUGACUGGAUAUGAUCUUCUGGUUGAGGUCAAGAAAUCACCCAGGCUUAACCAUCUCCCUGUGGUGAUUAUAUGCACUGAGGACAUCCCUGAAAGGAUUAAAAUGUGCCUUGAUGGAGGGGCAAAGGACUAUAUCAUCAAGCCCAUCAAAGUUGUCAAUGUGUCUCGCCUUCUGAGCUACAUUUGAAUGAGCUGACAAGGGCCAUGAAUGAAGACGGAAUAAUAUAACUCUCCUAUAGGGUUAUAUCUCUCGUUAUCUAGCAGCCAUCGCUAUUUGGAUUUGACCAUAUAUGGUCCCCUUUUAUAUCAUUU